AUGUGCCCUAUUGUUAGAAAUCCUGACUGCUUUACACCAAUGAUUUGCCACUGCAAAGUUGCAUGCACCAACAACACUUUAUCGUUGAUGUUUGGAUGCAAGAAAUAUCGUUAUCAAGAUGAGGAUGCUCCACAUGAUCAUACUUUGCCUCGAUUAACCCACGAAGUGAGAGGCCCAGAGCUUGUUCAUGUGUCAGAGAAGAACCUGUCUCAAAUAGAGAAUGUCCAUGGAUAUGUCUUACAGUCGCACAUUUCUCCUUUGAAGGCAAGUCCUGCCCCUAUAAUUGUCAACACAGACACCUUGGACACAAUCCCUUAUGUAAGUAUUAUUUUUUUUUUCCAAAAUGCUGUCAAUGGAACAGAAAUUGAAUAUGAAUUUGAAGAAAUCACUUUGGAGCGGGGAAAUUCUGGCCUGGGGUUCAGUAUUGCUGGAGGAACAGAUAACCCACACAUUGGGGAUGAUCCUGGGAUAUUCAUUACUAAGAUUAUACCAGGAGGAGCUGCAGCAGAGGAUGGAAGACUCAGGGUCAACGAUUGCAUCUUGCGAGUGAAUGAGGUCGACGUGUCAGAAGUCUCACACAGCAAAGCCGUGGAGGCCCUAAAAGAGGCUGGCUCCAUAGUACGAUUGUACGUUCGUCGAAGGAGACCUAUUCUGGAGACCGUGGUAGAGAUCAAGUUGUUCAAAGGACCUAAAGGUCUGGGAUUCAGUAUUGCAGGAGGGGUUGGAAACCAACACAUCCCUGGGGACAACAGCAUUUAUGUCACGAAGAUUAUUGAUGGAGGAGCUGCACAAAAAGAUGGGAGGUUGCAGGUUGGAGAUAGACUUCUUAUGGUAAAUAAUUACAGUUUAGAAGAAGUUACCCAUGAAGAGGCAGUAGCGAUACUGAAGAACACAUCAGAUGUAGUGUAUCUGAAAGUCGGAAAGCCCACCACCAUUUACAUGACCGAUCCAUAUGGCCCACCAGAUAUUACUCACUCUUAUUCUCCACCGAUGGAAAAUCACAUACUCUCUUCUGGAAACAAUGGCACUUUAGAGUACAAGGCAUCCCUGGCCCCUAUCUCACCGGGAAGAUACUCACCCAUUCCAAAGCACAUGCUUGUGGAGGACGACUACACCAGGCCUCCUGAACCUGUUUACAGCACUGUGAACAAACUGUGUGAUAAACCACCUUCUCCUAGGCACUAUUCCCCUGUCGAGUGUGACAAAAGCUUCCUUCUUACAGCUCCCUAUCCCCACUACCACAUAGGCCUGCUCCCUGACUCUGAGAUCACCAGAGAGCCUCGAAAAAUCAUCCUGCACAAGGGCUCCACAGGACUUGGUUUUAACAUUGUGGGAGGAGAAGAUGGGGAAGGCAUUUUCGUGUCUUUCAUCCUAGCAGGCGGGCCUGCCGAUCUCAGCGGAGAGCUGCAGAGAGGAGAUCAAAUUUUGUCGGUGAACGGUAUUGAUCUUCGAGGUGCUACCCACGAGCAGGCUGCAGCUGCGCUCAAAGGAGCAGGGCAGACGGUAACAAUCAUAGCACAAUACCAGCCGGAGGAGUACGCUCGGUUUGAGGCAAAAAUCCAUGACCUGCGUGAGCAGAUGAUGAAUCACAGCAUGAGUUCUGGGUCUGGCUCCCUGAGGACUAAUCAGAAGAGGUCACUGUAUGUCAGAGCCAUGUUUGACUACGACAAGAGCAAAGACAGUGGUCUUCCAAGCCAAGGACUCAGUUUUAAGUAUGGAGACAUCCUUCACGUCAUCAAUGCCUCGGAUGAUGAAUGGUGGCAGGCGAGGAGGGUCACUCUAGAGGGAGACAGCGAGGAGAUGGGAGUUAUACCCAGCAAGAGGAGAGUUGAAAGAAAGGAGCGUGCACGUUUGAAGACGGUGAAGUUCAACGCAAAACCUGGUGUAAUUGAUGCAAAAGGGGACAUCCCCGGAUUAGGUGACGACGGUUAUGGAACAAAGACUCUGAGAGGCCAAGAAGACUGCAUCCUUUCUUAUGAACCUGUCACCAGACAGGAAAUCAGUUACACCAGGCCGGUUAUUAUUCUGGGUCCUAUGAAAGAUCGGAUCAACGAUGAUUUGAUAUCUGAAUUCCCUGAUAAGUUUGGGUCGUGUGUACCACAUACCACACGGCCAAAGCGAGACUACGAAGUGGAUGGGAGAGAUUAUCAUUUUGUCAUUUCAAGAGAACAAAUGGAAAAAGAUAUCCAAGAGCACAAAUUUAUAGAAGCUGGGCAGUACAAUGAUAAUUUAUACGGAACUAGUGUCCAGUCUGUGAGAUUCGUGGCAGAAAGGGGCAAGCACUGUAUACUCGAUGUGUCGGGAAAUGCUAUCAAACGACUACAAGUUGCACAACUCUAUCCCAUCGCUAUCUUCAUUAAGCCUAAAUCAUGGGAGCCUCUGAUGGAAAUGAAUAAGCGUCUCACAGAGGAGCAAGCGAAGAAAACCUACGAUCGAGCAAUUAAAUUAGAACAAGAAUUUGGAGAAUAUUUUACAGCUAUUGUCCAAGGAGAUAGCUUAGAAGAUAUAUAUAAUCAAUGCAAACUUGUAAUUGAAGAACAAUCUGGGCCUUUCAUCUGGAUUCCUUCAAAGGAAAAAUUAUAA